GGAUAUUAGGCACCUCGCAUAGCAAGUGAUCCAUCGCAGCCAUCAUCCUGUUAUAACUGCAACAUGAACCUCUUAGUCCCGCUUGCUGCUCUAUGUCGCGGUCGACGUCCUCGCAACCGGGACACAAGGCCGUCCACGGAGCGGCGCUCCCCGGCGCAAUGGGAGAAGUCCCAAGCCGCACGACGCGAGACGUUACCGCCAGAGUAUUCGAGUGUCAGGACCGAUUCAUUGCCGGCGUAUCAACACAAGCCGCGACGGCAAAAGCAAAAGCAACAGCCAAACCCGACAGAAGAACCAUCAGUACCACGACAUCUUCAAAGCACGAAGCCAUUGAACGACGCCCUCAUACCCGACGACCGAGUCCAACACUCGGAUAUCGAACAGCACGCACUUGCGCACUACGACUAUGUCUACGCCAUCAUCGUCCAGUCCCCCGACGGGACAACCCGCCUCCGUCGCCAGAUGGUACUCCCCUUCAACGUGGACGUGGACAUCAUGUGCGACGAGACGUGUCGCCGGCUCGGCGCUCCGAUCCAGCCCUACUACGGAGCCGCACUCACGGCGAUUCCGGGCUAUCCGGACCUCAAACCGGUAGGAACGGCGGAAGUGGAGUGGUCGUUUUGCGGCCAGUGCCAGACGCAUCGCACGACGUUCCAUGUGGUCCGCGAUCUCGAUGCGGACUUUGUGUUGGGGAGGCCUACGAUCCGCCACCUGGAGCUGGAGAGGAUGGAUUCGGCAGUUGCGGAGAGAUUGCACGCCUCAGAAGUGCGGUGAUUAGGAAAUUUCGUUGUGUGGUCUUGCUUUGCUGGAUAGAAUGGGUGGUUCGGCUUCUUGUCCGUUUCAAAUGUUGUUUUUUUCCGUUGUGGUAUAUGUUAUGGUGGCCGGUUUCGAGAGGAGAUAUAGUGAGGUCUAACUAAGCAAUCCGCAGGCUAGUGAGAGGAGAGGGUUCUGGAUACGGAUGGAUAUAUUUGUUUCUGUGUGCGCUCUCUCGCGUGAUAGCGCGAAAGUUCUAGCCUUUGCUACAGUUGCUUCUGCGAGGAGGAUACAGGGGACUGAAUGUGCCAUCACUUGGCAGGCUGACAGUGCGGG